AUGGUAAACAUGUUACACCAAAGAAGUACGGUAUACAAGCAAAAAAUGAAAAUAAUUGAAGAGAAAGAUUUAAAUACAAAGAGAGACACGGGAGAAACCAGUCUUUUCGCGAUUCGCGAAUAUAAGAAAGAAAAAAAAUCGAGUGGGGAAGCUGAAGAAGUGGACGAGAGAUUGGUAGCAGCUAAGAAGGUUACCGGUGUCUACAUUACGAUCAAAACCGGUUUUAUGAUCCAAACUGGAACAAGAGACGAAAGACAAGAGUUCAAGCAAAGCAAUCCUGUUUAUCUGCUUGUAUGGCCCUGGAGUUUUUGUUGUCGUUGCUUAAAACCAGUUUGCAGAAAAAGAUUCAGCGGGCGCCAGCAGCGUUUCGCGCGCGCGGGAGACUUUUGUGGUCCUAUCCUGAACUGCUGGCGAAGAGACCAAGCAAUUCAAUCUAUAGUAUGGUGUGUGUGUGUGUUGUGCUCCUGGGGAACAGAAUGA